GUGCAUUGUCCACGUUUGGAUGCUGCCAUUGAAAUCAUUUCCUAACAUCUUGUCCUAAGUGGGGUACCGGGUCGGGAAUGAUAGAGGAUGAGAAUGAUGUUUUUCCCUUUCUCCCUGGUAGAACGGCCGUCCAGCCACUGAACGGGUCUUCACCUAGAGCACGAAGUCAUUCCUUACUCAGCAGUGUUAAUGUACGAUCCUUCAGAAUGUCCACAAACAGUGACCCUCCGACUGGAGCUGACACCAGCGUUUAUGGUGGAAGUGGAUCCAAUUACUCAAGCCUGCGUCGUUCCUCUUCUACGGAACUAUCCCCAUUGGAUUCAGAUCCAAACUCACCAAGAACGCGGCUAGCUGAUAUAUUUAGUGCCAGUCUGGUGUCAAGUGCAGGAUAUGUUCACAUCGAGGACAAUCCGGAGAGUUCAGCUGAGCAUGAAAAUGUCACAUCGCAGGCACUGUAUCGCUGUAAGCAAAAGGUUCUGAAGCCGUAUUUGCGCUUGCUCUCGCUGCUUGGUUGGCACCCUAUUGUUGGUGGCCACUCAUCAAAGUGCUGGGUUAGGGUUAUCAAUGCACUCUACCCGUUCUUUGUUAUGGCCAUCAUACUGCUCGGCUACAUUGUCCAGUAUGCACUGUGCUAUCGACGCCUGGUAAGGACUACACUAAGUCUUACUGGUAGCCGUCUUGCUCAGCCGAACCGGUUUGACAAGAAGGAGGCACAGAGAGAAGUAAACUAUACAUUCAACAGCACGGAAUUAUGUCAUAAUGGCCUAUUUAGUAAUUACAUUAUUCCGGACGUCCUUCAUGCGGCUGCAUUCCUGUACUCGUUCUACGUGAUUAGGUGGAAGGAGAAUGAGCACUUGGUGACCUUGAUGGAGAGGGUCUUUCUUCAAACAUCUUCGUCUCAUUCUGGCUGGAUGUCUCAACCACGGUUAAUACGGUCAUUGCGGUUUCUGCUUUUUUUCAAUGUGGUGUGGGUUCUAUGCUCCAUUGCUGGCCAUUCCUUGCAUUUGACUGCACUGACAUUUGGAAUCGAACACCGCUACAACCCGCAGUUCCAAUGGUUCAAUGCUGACGGUGCAGCGCAUUACGUUCUGCUUGUCUUCUUACUUGCCGGCCUAUCGGCUAUGGACAUUGUCUACGCCAGCGUCAUGACCAAUUAUGCUAUCCAGUGCCACUUGCUUAUCACACACAUGCGAUGUACUAUGGUACGCACACGGCAGAAACUUGUCUCGCUUCACCAAUCAAUGAAGGAUAUCACGGAUGAAAGUCAGUACUUGAGAACAUUGAAUGACAAGGUGGCAACGGCUGUGUCCUUGCUCGUCUUCAGUGUCAGCUCCAUGUUGAUAUUACGCGUCUUUGAUGUCAUCAAUUCGCCACCUGAGGCGCUCUUUUUCGUUGCCAACACGAUACGUGCUGUUGUCAUUCUCGCCCUCUUAGCACUGCCUCUCGUGCAGGCAUGUCGUGUUACCAACGCAGGUUAUGCCUUGCAACGACUUGGCAGUGAGAUUGCCGUUCGGCCGUUUGGCUAUCAAGAUACACCAUCCGAAGACAUCUACAUGUUCCAACUGUUCACCUCAUCUUUGCAGCCCAGAGCAAAGCUAUUCCGUGUUCCAUUCCACACAUCCUGGGUGACAUCGAUCUGUUUGAGUCUUACCUUCGCGCUGCUCAUUUCCCUUCAAUUAGAUUUGAUCAAAGCUAAGCUGUGAGCCGAGUUAUGCUGCUCUGCCAUCGUUCAUCAACACCUCGGUCAGUCCCAUCCAUCUCUUUCAGUUUGUAUCUUCACUCUGGCGAUGGGCUGUCAGCUUUAGUUUGUCCGCGCUUCUUUGCAAUUCUAGGGUGGUGUCUUGUGUUCUAGGUCCCCCAGUUCCCCCAGUUCCCCCCAGUCCUGUGCAUGUAUGACUAGGGUCUACGUCACGCUCUAUAAUUAUAUAGGUAGAUAAUUGUAGUUUUUUUUAGUUUUUUUAAACGCUUUCAAACUGACCUAUCGUACAGCAUUAGUCCAGUGCUCUGUUCUAUUUUCCGAAGACCAUGGUGCACAUCCAACAUGCACGCACACCACCACCACCGCCAUCACCCCGCACCGCAUGCAUGCACACUCACACGCACACGAUCCAGUAGCGCACACCUGCACGUGCAGAGCUCAUUAGCACUGCGAGGCCCCUGUUGAUCCUUGACUCCGACACAGUUCUAUUUGUGCCUGUGGGUUAUCUUGACCAAUUUUUGUUGAUGACGAUGUUUCUGCUUCAUGCGCUGGUGAUUCUACACCCUACUUUUCAUUCUCCUCUAAUUCAAUCAUAUCUUUUUGUUGUUAACAAUUUUUAAAGCAAAUACUUCAAAGUACAAGCGGAGAGAAGGAGCCAAAACCCAUUGCCAGCCAACAGACAUAGGUUUGCCAUGCUACUUCGAAAUACAUGUAUGGUGAUUCAAUACAAUUGUUAUAGUUUUCUGACUUAGAGUGGAAAGUGAGCUGAUUUCACACCCUCAGUUAUCCUCCCUAUGUAAGUGCUUUUAUCAGUUUUAUUCAUUUUCAUCUCCUCUACUUGUAGAGACAAGUAACAUCUAUGUAUAA